UCUGUCGACUAUUUCAUUGUCCAGUCGCCCACCUCUGCUACUUCCCCUGCCAACGACCACCACUGCCGGCACAAGCCACCCCGCAACCCGCAGCACAAACUUAACGCACCCCGCAUUCCACCAUGAGGUCCAAGUUCAAGGAUGAGCACCCCUUCGAGAAGCGCAAGGCUGAGGCAGAGAGAAUCAGACAGAAGUACCCUGACAGGAUUCCUGUAAUCUGCGAGAAGGCAGACAAGACAGACAUCCCGACAAUAGACAAGAAGAAGUAUUUGGUGCCAUCUGAUCUUACUGUCGGUCAAUUCGUGUACGUGAUCCGGAAGCGCAUCAAGCUCGCGCCAGAGAAGGCAAUCUUCAUCUUCGUCGAUGAGGUACUGCCACCAACGGCGGCACUCAUGAGCGCUAUCUACGAGGAGCACAAGGACGAGGAUGGAUUCCUGUAUGUCAGCUACUCAGGGGAGAACACGUUCGGCCUGCAACUGCAAUGAAGGAGUAUCGCUUUAUUCCCCCGCACGCUUGUUCAGUCGCAGCCCUACGGCCUCCUCGUGCACUCUCACAGCAUGGACGUUGUGUGUUGACGGAAGGUGCUGCAAAGUGUAGUCUCGAUUUUCACUCAUUCGAUAUCUUGCCCCGAA